UCACAGCAGUAUAAGAUAUAAAAAUGAUUAUCUGACUCCAGGUCUGAACAUGUAUAACUUUCUAUCUCUGUUUUAUAUACUUCGUUGACUUGGUAGAUAUCACUACUUUCAAUAUUAUAACAAUACACGACCGAUUAUCAAAUCGUCAGUACUUGAAGUUCGGUCGGGCUCAAUCAUGCGUGUGUACGGCCGGUUCCCCCGCUCGCGGCGCUCUGACCUGCGUGCGGAAUGAUGCCUCGACGCUGCCGGAUCUGCGCGUCCUCCAUGGCGGCGCACAUGGAUAUUUUCUCGAAUGGAGCCACUACGUUGGCGUCUGGGCCAAUGCCUGGAUCUUCGUGUUGAUGGUGCGUAGACGGUCGGUGCCCCGCUAGCUCGUCGUGCUCAGCGCCGCGCGGCCGAGGCGCCCUUGGCCAAGGUCCGACCGUAUGUGUUUGGCGGCGAUGGUGCGGUGGCCGUUUCGUGUGCGGAGUCGAGGACAACCACCCCGUGACAACCUCCUACCCCCGCCAAUGUGUCGCCACAAUCGCAUGUGUUGCGUCCGGUCGGCCUGCUGCUUGGCCAGGGCGAGCGGGGCGUCGUUUUGUGUGCUCACAGCCGUCGACUACUGUUGAUGUCGGUGGUGACCAAUGACAUGAGAGGGGUGCUAUCGAUGGUGGUACACGCGUCGCCAACCAUGACGGAGCGCGGUGAUUUGCCUGUUUUGUGUGCUAGAGUGGGUGUCGCUGUCCUUGCCGUUGGUGUGCUCAAGUCUGUGACCGCGGGGCGCUGCAUGGCGCAUUGUGGUUAUGCAAGGGAGGAUGCAUGGCGUCCUUGGUUUUCUGUAUUCGUCCUCGCUGCCAAGCCGUGGGGCUGCCUCAUCUCGUCCUUGACAUUCUGUUAUCGAUGGUUGUUGCUCCUAGCUAGCAAUGUGUGCUCGUCUUGGUUUCUCUCGACCGUGGUAGUGUUACUUGUGGUUUAUUGUACCGUUGCUUAUAUUUUUCUUUCUUAAACUUCGUAUGAUGGCGAUUCUUCACACUGUCUAGGCUAUUUUCCGUGUCCGAAGCAUCAAUGUGUCUAUUGGUUGGUGUCUUGUGCUGGUCAGUUUAACGGCAAUGGCACUUCAGUCCUCUUCUUACGUGGUUUGUCCUUAUCCGGAUAUCUCCAGCAUCUUCGGGUUCCUCUCCUUGCUAGAACUUUGUUUCCCCUUAAUUCUGGCCUACGGGGAGCUGUGCAGCUUGGCGACGACUCUUUUAGAUUGCGAGUGCUCGAGGAGUUGGUGGCGUGUCUUCCACGGCUUCCUAGGGGCAUCCGCAUUUUUGACAUCUUUCGACCUUAGUCAGUGCGGGAACACUGGGCAAAAGCUAUGUUCGGUGUCCUAUUGAUGCUACCGCUAGCGAUGCCCUCAAGUGACAUUCCCUCAUUAGAGACGAUAUUGCAUUAUUCCCUGCCUACUUCGGGAGGUUCUUGGAUUGAAAACCCAUUUCCAGUGUUACAUAAUGGGCCAGGACGGUGUCUUUGGCGUCGUGCCCCCUUUGGAGGCGUUGUCUGGGAGUAACCUUCCCCGUGUUUGCGGGUGGCUGCCGGCUUUGGUCUAGCUUUCUAUUGCUCUGCGGCGUUGCAAACCAUCUAGGUCUAAUUUAGCUAGGUAGUUGGUCAAGUGUUUGGAUCAUUUCUGGGAAGAUCUAGGACAAGUUUAGCUAAAUAGUUUGCCCGCUGUGUUUAGGGUUUUCACUUAGUUUUUUCUUAAUUAAUCGAGCAAGUUAGCACGUUAGGCUUUUCUUCCUAAUACAAUAGGCAGCUCUCCUUCUGUUUUAUUCGAAAAAAAACUAAUGCAGAGAGAUACCAUUGGUCAUAUAUUCAACAAGAUAGAAACUAGUAAGUUUGACUGAACAACUUAUAUGUUCACUACUUUGAACUUGGAAAAUUUCCACCGUUUCAGCAUUUUCACAAUCUGGCCACAGUUUAGGAGCUCUCCUUUUUUUGGUUGUUGCAUACUACCUGAUUUUCUUUUCUUUUCUUUUUUUACUUCACAAUUACUAAAUAUUAUCAUCACACUUUAAAAAAAAUGAAAAUGUAACAAAAAAUAAUUGAUGGUGGUAAGUUUUUUACAUGUCUAGAUUGUACGUUCAAGACACUGACAGCGUGCAUUCUAGAUUUUACUUAAUGCAGUUUGAUUGCACACGUUCUAGGGUGUCACCUUUUUUUAUUGAAGGGAGUAAUUCUGACAUAUUCCUCACGGUUUAUAAUGCAUGAAAGUCAAGCUGAGAAAAUGCUAAUAAACGGUGCCGUAAGACAUAUUCCCAUCGACCGCAUUCUGUAUUCUGCAUCCCACGUAACCGAGUGCCCCAAUGUCAGACAAAUCGGCUCCUCUCUCUGCCCGCUACCCUCAUCGAUGAUCCUUUCUGGCAAGCUACAUGUUCCCAUUUCCAUUCUUAAAUUGCCACCGCGAGCAUCUAUACUCCGUUCGGCAUUUGCUAGCUACACCAUAAUGCACGCUCCCGCCGUGCUAGCACUGGUGCUCCUGCCGGUUCUCGCCACCGCGCUGGACGCGAGCUGCGCGCCGGUGGCGUGCGGCGACCUGUCGAUCAGGUACCCGUUCUGGCUGCGCGGCCAGCAGCCUUCCCACUGCGGCUACCCAUCCUUCGGCGUCGCGUGCGACCCGACCGGCGCGACGCCGCCCAUCCUGAACGACUCCUACCUCCGCAUUCUCGACAUCCACUACGGCAACAGCUCCGUCGUGGCCUUCCACGCGAACCUGGCCGCCGGGGACGCCUCCGCCUGCCGCGCCACCUACUUCAACACGUCCACCAGCCUCGCGCUCUCGCUGCUCGCCGUCAGCCGCGCCAACUGGGAGCUCAUCCUCUGCACAAACUGCUCGCGGCAGCCUCCCGCGCGGUCGCUUCCGAUGAACUGCUCGGGUUCAGGCGCGUGGUUCAUGUACCUGAGCCAGCGGCACGCCGUGCGGGGGAUGGAGUCCGCCGCGGGUUGCCACUUCUCCGUCAUGCCGGUGCUGCCGGGGUCGGAGCUGAGGGCGCAGGGCGACUACGCGGGGCUCGUGAGGCGCGGGUUCCUGCUGGAGUGGACGGUGCCCGGGGACUGUGCGGCGUGCAACGCGAGCGGAGGACAGUGCCGGUAUGACAACGGCGCCAAUGCGUUCAGGUGCCUAUGCCCCGACGGUCGCUUGCAGCCGGCGACGUGCGCACGCGGUGAGUUACUGAUGCGUUACAGUGAUUCGUUACGAGUUCCAUAGUUAUUUCUUCUUCUUCUGCAUCUAUAACUAAUUGGCUUGAACGGAACCACUGAUAGGACGAACUCUAUAUGACUAAAUGAUCGAUCCUGGAUAAUUGGAUGCACGUUAGCACGUAGCAGCCGAUCGAAAUAUGUCUGAUAAAGCUGAAACCCUAGGAUAAUACUUCCUACAGUUAUAAAUACUUUUAGAACUUUAACUAAUAAUAACUUUAAAAUAUUUAAUUUGGAAACUUUAAAAUUAUAUGUUUAGAUUUAUCUUAAAAAUACUUUUAUAAUAUCACAUAUUCAACAUAUUUUAUAAAUAUAUUCUAAUAAAAAUAUUAAUCAAAACUAUACAUUAAAAAUUAUAUCUUAUCCUAAAGAACAUUUAUUUUGCCUCACUUUGACCAGCAAUGUCUUCAGCGCGCAAAACGCCAAUGCAAGACAAUUACGUCUCAACUCUCAAAAUAUCCAUCCAUCGAUCAAAUCAGUGGUCUGUUCAAAGGACGAAAACCCCAUGCAUCAGUGGCAUCUUUUACUUUUAUGACGAGUAUAACCUUGUCGCACAAAAUGACAAGCCAUGCCCAUGACAGCUGACUCAGUCUUCAUCGUCAAUCCGAACCAAACAUACGAUGAUCGAAGGCCAAAAUUGAACCAUGAGGCAUCUGUAUCAUUGCUUUUUUCACUUUGUAGAAAACUCAAAUCAAAGAAUGAACCGGUCUAAUAUUUCAGCCACUUGUUCAUCUUCAUCGCCCUCUUCUGUUUGACAAUCUGAUCUCCACAAAGUCACAUUUCUCUCCUGCACUCAUUGGCUCCAACUCCUUCUCUCUGUCAUGCACUUUUUCUUCCAAUACCGCUGGCUAAUUGGCACAUUAGUAUAUCUAGCAAACAAAUAAUACAUCAGUAUACGUUAGAUGUAAGUAUGAUUAGUUGUGUGAUUACGAUAUCUCAAGCAUUAUGUUAUUGUAGCUUGGAAGGUUCAAAUUAGAGUUCGUGCCAGAGCUAACACAAAAUUGUUAAACGGCCUAUCGACCUAUACUUCUUUCUAGUGAAAUUUAAACCCUGACGCUCAAAUUUUGUGCCAUUGCGUUGUCUGUGGUUGUGUUCCUUGCGGACGUAACAAAAGUCAACGCAUUUCAAAUUAAGCGCAACCAACACAGAUUUGAUGGAUAGACAAAACAAAAAUCACCCGAAAGAUAUAUAGCAAAACCAACUUAUUGAACUGGGAAUUCGAAAUUUAGGCCUUCUCCAACAACAGCUUUAAACCAACACCGCAAUAAUAUAAUGUGGCCUGUUCUUUUGCCGUUUCCAAGUGUCGAAGGAACUCUCCAACAAAGACCGUAAAGAAGAUUUGCCGUGUGCUACAGUGAAGAGGGCUCCGGCAUAUAGCGGCAAAUUUGCCGACUGCUGUAGCUAGCUGCAACACUGUUUACAUGAGUAUACGCGUGGAUCCGAAAAUAGGAGGAGAGUAAUGAAAGGUAGAAAAUAAGAUGUUUGUUGGAGAUAAAAAAAAAUAGAAGAUGCUGUAAUAGC